GCCGUGUCGAUCUCACCUUGGAAAUUAGAUUUCAAAAAAGUUAUCUCCUUGGAAAUUAAGCCGAGAGCAAUGCCCCUUUCGACAUAAAAGCGAAAGAAAUCAGGAAGCGGGGAGCUCUCCCUCCGUGUCCGUCGGAUUCCUCCAUCGCCGCCUUCCUACCGCCGGGUGUAAGGGAAGUGUGAGAUCUGAUGGCUAUGAUUGAUGAGCCCCUCUAUCCAAUUGCUAUACUGAUAGAUGAGCUGAAAAAUGAAGAUAUUCAGCUGCGACUAAAUUCAAUUCGCAGGCUUUCUACAAUUGCACGGGCGCUUGGUGAAGAAAGAACAAGAAAAGAACUAAUUCCUUUUCUUAGCGAAAACAAUGAUGAUGAUGAUGAGGUACUCCUUGCAAUGGCUGAAGAGUUGGGUGUAUUUAUUCCAUAUGUUGGAGGGGUGGAAUAUGCUCAUGUUCUGCUUCCACCUUUGGAAACAUUGUGCACUGUGGAGGAAACUUGUGUCAGGGACAAGGCUGUUGAAUCAUUGUGUCGAAUUGGAGCACAAAUGAAGGAAAAUUAUUUAGUUGAUUGGUUCGUCCCAUUGGUAAAGAGGCUAGCAGCUGGUGAGUGGUUUACAGCUCGAGUUUCCUCAUGUGGUCUGUUUCAUAUUGCCUAUCCAAGUGCACCAGAUCAGUUAAAGGCAGAAUUAAGGUCCAUCUACAGCCAGUUGUGUCAGGAUGACAUGCCUAUGGUGAGAAGAGCUGCUGCAUCAAACCUAGGAAAAUUUGCUGCUACGGUUGAACAAAGCUAUUUGAAGGCAGAAAUCAUGUCGAUAUUUGAUGAUCUAACACAAGAUGACCAAGAUUCUGUGCGUCUCUUGGCUGUUGAGAGCUGUGCAGCACUUGGGAAGUUGUUGGAACCCCUGGAUUGUGUAGCUCACAUCCUUCCAGUCAUUGUUAAUUUUUCACAGGAUAAAUCCUGGCGUGUCCGCUAUAUGGUUGCGAAUCAGUUGUAUGAGCUUUGUGAAGCUGUCGGCCCAGAACCUACGAGGGUGGAUUUGGUGCCAGCAUAUGUUCGGCUUCUUCGUGAUAAUGAGGCUGAAGUACGCAUAGCAGCUGCGGGGAAGGUGACAAAGUUUUGCCGGAUCCUGGGCCCACAACUUCCAAUCCAGCAUAUCCUUCCCUGCGUGAAGGAAUUGUCAUCAGAUUCAUCACAGCAUGUUCGCUCAGCUUUGGCUUCAGUAAUCAUGGGUAUGGCACCAGUAUUGGGAAAGGAUGCUACUAUUGACCAACUUCUUCCAAUCUUUCUCUCUCUUCUAAAGGAUGAGUUUCCUGAUGUCCGACUCAAUAUAAUCAGCAAACUUGAUCAAGUUAAUCAGGUUAUUGGAAUUGAUCUUUUGUCCCAAUCACUAUUGCCGGCUAUUGUGGAGCUUGCAGAGGAUAGACACUGGCGGGUUCGGCUAGCCAUAAUUGAGUACAUCCCUUUGUUAGCGAGUCAGUUAGGUGUUGGGUUUUUUGAUGAUAAACUUGGCACUCUAUGCAUGCAGUGGUUGGAAGAUAAGGUUUUCUCAAUUCGAGAUGCAGCUGCUAAUAACUUGAAGCGUCUUGCAGAAGAAUUCGGCCCGGAAUGGGCUAUGCAGCACAUAAUUCCACAGGUGCUGGACAAAAUAAGUAAUCCACAUUACUUGUACCGUAUGACCAUUCUUCAAGCAAUUUCUCUACUAGCCCCUGUUUUGGGUGUUGAUAUUACAUGCCAAAAGCUGUUGCCUGUGGUGAUUGCCUCCUCAAAGGACAGGGUACCCAACAUCAAAUUCAAUGUGGCAAAAGUUCUACAGUCUCUUGUACCCAUUCUUGAUCAAUCAGUGGUCGAAAACACCAUUCGUCCUUGUCUUAUUGAGCUUAGUGAGGAUCCAGAUGUGGAUGUCAGGUAUUUUGCCAACCAAGCGCUACAAGCAUCUGACCAGGUCAUGAUGUCAAGCUAGGAAGGGGUUCCAGCAGUUUGAUCUCCGCCAUUUGGUUCUUCAAAUUUCCCCUGAUCUUUUCAUCCAAGAGUUGCUUUGUGCCUUCCUCCUGAAUAUCCAUCUAGAAUCUUUAAUUGAAUGAUGAGCAAAAGAAAAAAGGGAACACUAAUAUUUUAGAGUACCUUUGUAUGUUAAUUUGUUAGAAUGCAGGUGUUCUAGGAGAGAAGAAAUUUCUUCUUGAUUUUAAAUUUGAAUUAUUAUAAUUUUUACUAGUUUUUUGGUUUUGAGCUGAACAACAAAAUUAAUGAGAAUGAUUGUGAUCUUUUUAAAGUUUAGAUUGACCACUGCUUAGGAUGGGA